CUUCCGAAUCUGACAGCGAAGCCUCGCCGGCCACUGCCCCCGGGGAAGACUUGACUUGAGCUUACAAAAACACUCGGAAGAUGCGGCAGCGCGUAGACCAUGUGGAAAUUGCAGCGAAGCCAACACCUUGCACCUCUCCCGCUCGUCGCAUUGGGCAAGAGAGUCUGCAGAUUUCCUCCGAUUCCAGGCUUCGACCGCGUCGCCCGAGAUUCCUGGCGCAUCGCUGCGGUUUGCAGGCGUCGCUUGCUUCAGGAUCCCAAAAGAAAAAGUUAGCACUUGAAUAAUCUCGAUCAAGUGCGUUAUGAUCGAGACAAUUCUAGCUGGUUUCGCCAAAGAUGUUGUCAAGUCACUCGGCAACUUAGCCAUUAAUGAAGUUUCUAAAGUACUCUGUGUAAGGAAUGAGAUCAACAAACUUAAGGGUAGACUUGAGUUUAUCACGACGAUCAUCAUGGAUGCAGAGCAGACUGUCGUACAACAGGCAGCCACUAGGAAUUGGCUGAAGAGACUCAGAGAAAUUAUUUAUGAGGCAGAAAACAUAAUUGACCGCUGCAGGAUUGAAGCAGAUAGACACCAAACAUCACAACCACAGGAGUGCAAUCCUUCGUCGGUUUUCCAGUACUGCAGAGAUGUUGCAAUUGACUGCAACAUUGCAAAUGAUAUACGUGGACUAAAUCAGAAACUGGAGAACGUUAUAUCAGAGAGUACAAUGCUCCAUAUUAAUCCAGUGGUAGAGGAUCCAGUCAGAUCAUAUCUUGAUGUUGGUCCAGAUCUUGAGCCUGAUAUUGUAGGCAAAGAGGUGGAGAAUGACUGCAACAGUCUCAUCCAGCUCCUACAAAGAGAAUAUACUACUACUAGCUGUCCUUUGUUUGCUGUAAUAGGAACGAUUGGAGUCGGCAAGACUACUCUUGCUCGAAAGGUAUACCAUAGGGCAACAGCCAUGUUUGAGACCAGAUUAUGGGUACAUGUCUCAAAAGACUUGACGCACCUGACAAUGUGGUCAAAUGGGAGGUAUACGAGAGCAGAUACUGCAGAACAACAAGCACUUUUACGUACAUGUUUAGAAGGUAAGAAAUUCCUGCUGGUCAUUGAUGAUGUGUGGGGAGAGAAUGUUUGGGAUGGGCUGUUAGAGAUACAAGCACAACAUGGCGCCCCUGGCAGCAGAGUCCUUAUAACAACCCGAGAUGAGCGUGUUGCAAGGAGGAUGGGGGCCAUCCAUCAUUACCGUGUGAAGAGCUUGAGUGAGGAUGAUGGUUGGUGGUUGCUUCGUACAAGGGCUUUCCCCAAUGAGAGCACUGGGAACAUGCAGGAUGUUGGAAGACGAAUCGUCCGAAAGUGCAAUGGCCUUCCAAUGGCAAUACGGAGAAUGGGAUGCUAUCUACGAGGCGUUGACCCAAGGGAAGAUGAUUGGGAGAGAGUCUACUUGAGCGAUUUCUGUGGCAUUUCUAGGAGGAUACGGAGUACUAUUAAUAUGAGCUACAUGGAGUUGUCAUAUCGCCUGAAGAGGUGUUUUUUAUAUUGUGCGUUAUACCCAGAGGGAUUUGUGAUUGAGCAGCAGUGUAUCACCCGCCAGUGGAUUGCGGAGGGGUUCAUUGUGACCCUGCAGAAUUCAACACAGCCACAGUCUACAACAGUUGAAGAGGAGGCUGAGAAAUGUUAUGAUGAAUUGUUAGCAAGGGGCCUUCUUUUGCCAGAAAAUGACUCUAGUGCUGCAGUUCGAUCGAAGAUGCCUCAUCUUUUCAGAUCAUUUGCACUUCUCCAGUCUCAAGAUGAAAAUUUCAGCGGCAAUCCCCAAGAUAUUGGUGAUGUUUUUAAACCAUGUCGCUUAUCCAUCACAAAUGCAAGUGCAGAAGCCAUCCGGUAUGGAAUUAAAAAGCUUAAGAGCUUGAGGACAAUUCUAUUGUUUGAGAGUCCACUGAGCGACAACGAUAUUUUCCAGAAAUUCACACACCUAAGGGUUCUGGACCUUGGAAAUACCCAGAUUGAGUGUGUUACCAGUAGCUUAGGACGGAUGACACACCUGAGAUAUCUUAGCUUUGCUAAUACUCAAGUUAGAGAAAUUCCUGGUACUAUUGAGAAUAUGAGGAUGCUGCAGUUCUUAAUUCUCAAGAACUGUACUCAUCUCGAUUCCCUCCCUCAAUCUGUUGGCCGCCUAAUAAACUUGAGAAGCCUUGACAUCUCAGGAGCUGGACUAAAGCGUGUGCCAUUCCGAUUCUCCAAGAUGAGAGAACUCAACUGCCUACAAGGUUUUCUUCCAAGGUCAGCUGGUGCAGAAAAUAGAAGUGGCUGGGAGUUUAAAGAACUGAGCUCCUUAACUAAGCUGACAAGCCUCCAGAUACUGAAGCUAGAGAGAACACUAAAUGUGGAAGAUGCAAGGCAAUCAGCACUGGAGGGAAAGUGUCAUCUCAAAGUGCUUGAGUUAUGCUGCAGCACUAACGACCAAACAAUGGAUAUUAGUAGAGAUGAGAAUACAAAAAAUGUUUUUGAAGGGCUGAAGCCGGGACCUUCUAUUGUUUCUGUCAAGCUAGUAAACUAUAAUGGCCAUGGAUUUCCAUCUUGGCUGUCUCCGUUUGCUCUACCACUGCUGCAGCGGUUAACCCUUGAUGGCUGUCUUUAUUGCCAAUUUUUUCCAUCUCUGGGCCAGAUGGAAAAUUUGAAGUUUCUUGCGAUAACUGGUUCCAAUUUGUCAUCUACCAUUGGCCCCGAGUUUCGUGGAACACCAGAUAAUGGAGUGGCAUUUCCAAAACUAGAGCAGCUGCUCAUGAGUAGAAUGAGCAACUUGGAGUCAUGGUGGGGCCUCGAAGAGGGGGAUAUGCCUUCACUCAUUAAUCUCAGGCUUGAUGGAUGUUCCAAGCUGGAUUCACUGCCCUACUGGCUUGAGCAUUGUACAUCACUGACAAGCUUGCAGAUAGAUCAUGCUGAUAACCUAGAAGAAAUCAUGAACUUACCUGCACUUAAACAGCUUAGAGUUCAGAGGAACCCAUUGCUGACAAGGAUCUCAAACCUCGAGAGGCUUGAAGAUUUGCAUGUUCUCCAUUGCUUGCGUCUGGAAGUUGUACAAGGUGUCCCUUCGUUACGCAAUGUGCAUUCAGAUGAAAGAAAUUUAACCGAACUUCCACAUUGGCUGCGUCCACAAGAACCUUUCAUGCUCAGGAGAUUGGAGAUUGUUGGCACUGAAGAGCUUCUUGACAGAUGCUCCUCUGCUAGUGGCCCAUACUGGUCUGUCAUCCAAAAUGCUGAUCAUGUCUAUGCCAAUCUGCCAGAUGGUUCCUUCUACUUCUCCUUCAACAAAAGUACCAGCUACUUUCAUAGAAGUGCAAGAUCCCUUGCACAAUCUUUGUUAUACAUAUCACCUAGCUUCAUCAUGCCCGCUGUUCCACAAGCCGAUGAUGUGAUUUUGAUGGGAGAACCUGAAAGCAGAAACAUGCAAAUUGGUCAAUCCACAAGUCCGUCAUGGGUGAGGACUCAACUUUUCACAGUUCUCCUAUUUGUUGUCACCAUUCUGAUGUACCUCAUUUUGUUGGCUCACAACUCAUCUAGCACCUUCAUUUCCCUAUGGACCUUCUGAUUUUCUUUUCAACCAGUCUUAUAUUCUCUUGUAUAUUUGUGAAGCAUCAAUAAUAUUUGCAACCAUUCGGAAUCGACUAUCUAUCCUC